AUGAAUAGGUCCAGCUUUGACAUCCAGCCCCUGCACCGCUUCGGCGGUGCCAAUACCUCCAUCCGGCGACCAAGGGAGAUUACUUGCUUCUCAUAUGAUGAUGAGCGCCGGUUCUCACUUGGAGAUUCAUCUAUGACAUACUACUACACGCCGACUCUGCCGGCAGAUUUGAACCGGGGCUAUGAGACGUUUCAAAAGCUCAAUGAUGCUCCAGAUGAGCAUCUAGAUGCCUUGCUUGAUACCAUUGCUGCCCAUGAGAAGACUACACAAAAGAAGUGUGACGUUGACAUUGUCACCUGGCGAGGGAUGAUGACCAAGAUUCUAACGGCCCCGUUUAAUAACAAUGAUGGCUUUGAGAUGAACGCGACUUGUUUCCAGGAUACCAUUUUCAUCGAAGAGAACAACGAAUAUAAAAACCUCCAAAAAGAUCUCCAGCGUAAGCGAGGGUCGCCACCUGGAAUGGCACCACAAGAGCUGAUGAUGUAUUGGGGCUACAAAUUCGAAAACCUGGCAGUACUCCGCAAGCCAUGGGAUGAAUCAACGCGCGAAGAAAUUGAGAGGCGCGAGCAUGAUGUUGUCAACAACGCUGCGCAGUAUUGUUCCGUCGUCCGCACCGGAAUUGGGAAUACACGCAUGAUUCUUGGUGGGGAGGUAGAUGCCAUCUGGGAUUGCAAACCAUCGCAAGAAGGAGCACCCAUCAACUGGGUUGAGCUGAAAACAUCCGCUCAAAUCCGCAAUGAUCGUGACAUGCUGAAAUAUGAGCGCAAACUACUGAAGUUCUGGGCUCAGUCUUUCUUGCUUGGUGUACCCAAAAUCAUUGUCGGGUUUCGUGACCAAAAUGGCAUCUGCCAUAGCCUUGAAGAACUGGAUACGGCCACUAUCCCAGGAAAAGUAUUGAGUGUCGGCAAGCGCUCUUGGGAUGGGAACAUCUGUAUCAAUUUCGCUGGUGUGUUCUUGGAGUGGUUGAAGCAUACUAUCAACCGUGAGGGAACGUGGAGGAUCCGGAAGAAGGAGAAAUCUUCGGUCAUUGAGGUUUUCCAGGUUGAGGAGCAGGGACAUGGGGAUAUCCUCUCGCCUGCUUUCAAAGCCUGGCGAACGGCUACGGAUUCUAUGGAGUUGUAA